AUGAAUUAGAGCGUCGUUAAAAUGGAGAUGAUGAAGCGGUGACGGGAGAUGUUGAACGGAGGGAUGAAUUAAAACGGGGAGAGCAGUUCAGCUGGAUCCAUUCUAAUAUAAACGCGGAGGAGGGGUCUCGGUUGAGCAGGAUCGGCGUGAGUAGAAACAGGGAAACGCGUGAAGAGGAGGAGGUUUCUCUGCUAAAGCCGAUCAAGGUGGGAUUGAAGCAGCCAGUAUCUGCCACCAUACGCACGAGUCAGUGACUGCGGACACGGAAAACGAGGAUGUUGCGGCUGGGAUGCUCCACAGCCCUCCUCUUUGUGCUCAGGCUGCUCUUUGGCUUGCCCUGGCUUCAGGUCCUUCCUGCCAUCCUGAUCUUCUUCUUCGGCACUGGAGGAUGGACGUCCCUCCGUGUGUUCAUGAAAACUAUCGGCCGGGAUCUGCAUGCAGCUGGCGUACUACUGAAGGUGAAACUCAAUGUAAGGCGGCACUUGCGCGAACACAACACUUUGCCCAAGAUCUUCGCAGAGACGGUGCAAAAAUACGGUGACAAGACAGCGCUGAUAUUUGAGGGGACGGGUGAGAAGUGGAGCUUCAGGCAGCUGGAUGAGUAUUCAAACCGUGUGGCCAACCUGUUCUACCAGCGUGGUUUCAGGGAGGGCGAUGUCGUGGCCCUGUUCAUGGAGAACCGCUCGCAGUACGUGGGGCUUUGGCUGGGCAUGGCCAAAAUAGGUGUGGAGGCAGCUCUCAUUAACUUCAACCUACGACUGGAGGCCUUGGUGCACUGCGUGAACAUCUCCAAUUCUAAGGCAGUAGUGUUUGGCAGUGAGCUGACCGAUGCAAUGUGUGAAGUGCACAGCUCUAUGGGAAAGACCGUGAAACUCUUCUGUUCUGGAGACUGGGAUCCUAAACGUGUUCCCAUAGGAACAGAGUGCCUUGAGCCGCUCAUUGCGAGCACCCCUGCACACAAGCCCAUCCCACCACAGCGUGGAUUCACAGAUCGUCUCUUCUAUAUAUACACAUCUGGAACUACUGGGCUGCCCAAAGCUGCUAUUGUAGUGCACAGCAGGUACUACCGUAUGGCUGCUCUUGUUUAUUACGGUUUCAGGAUGAGGUCGGAGGACGUGCUGUAUGAUUGCCUUCCACUUUACCACUCGGCAGGUAACAUUGUGGGUGUUGGUCAGUGUCUGAUUCAUGGCAUGACUGUUGUCAUCAAGAAGAAGUUUUCUGCAUCAAAAUUCUGGGAUGACUGCAUCAAAUACAACUGCACUAUCGUGCAAUACAUCGGGGAGAUCUGCCGGUAUCUGCUGAACCAGCCCGUGCGGGAUACGGAGCAACAGCACUGCGUGCGUAUGGCACUGGGUAAUGGCCUCCGCCAGUCGAUCUGGGAGGAGUUCAUGCAGCGCUUCAACGUGCCCCAGAUUGCUGAGUUCUACGGAGCCACCGAGUGUAACUGCAGCCUUGGCAACUUUGACAACCAGACCGGUGCCUGCGGCUUCAACAGCCGGAUCCUCCCCUAUGUCUACCCCAUCCGGCUGGUCAGAGUGAAUGAGGAGACCAUGGAGCUCAUCAGAGGACCAGAUGGAGUGUGUAUACCAUGUAGACCAGGUGAGCCUGGUCAGCUGGUGGGCCGAAUCAUUCAGAAUGACCCCUUAAGACGCUUUGAUGGUUACGUGAACCAAUCGGCCACCAGUAAAAAGAUUGCACCCAGUGUCUUCAAGAAAGGGGACAGUGCCUACCUGUCAGGAGAUGUGCUGGUGAUGGAUGAGUACGGCUACAUGUACUUUAAAGAUCGAACAGGAGAUACGUUCCGCUGGAAGGGAGAGAACGUGUCCACCACUGAGGUGGAGGGCACACUGAGCCGUCUGCUGGAAAUGAAGGACGUGGUGGUGUAUGGCGUGGAGGUGCCAGGUGCAGAGGGAAAGGCUGGCAUGGCAGCCAUUGCAGACCCAGACAACACCACAGACCUGGAGAGGUUUAGCAGGGAGCUGGAGAAGGCCCUGCCUGUGUAUGCACGGCCCGUGUUCCUACGCUUCCUGCCAGAAGUCAACAAGACAGGGACCUUCAAGUUCCAGAAGAUGGACCUGCGUAGAGAGGGCUUUGACCCGUCUGUGGUGUCCGACAGGCUGUGUUUCCUGGACUGUAGUAAGGGACGCUACGUGGAGCUGGAUGCAGAACUCCACCGUAGCAUCGUCUCAGGAAAGCAAAAACUGUGAGGCCACUGCCGACCCCGCCACUUCCUCAUAAAAACCCCGCCUUCUCCCCCUCCCUCCUCUGUACCCCGCCCCUCGUUACCUCAGCAACCACAGUGAGGGGCAAAAGGAACACAUUCAAAGUCACGUUCAAGUUCCCCAUCCCAUUCGUCCGUUCUGACAGCCGGAGUGCGUCGCGUGGAACGGCACGUGGACUAAGACACACAAACACUGAGGCGUUUUGCUCCUUUGCCUAAUCUGCACAAUGGCUGCUGGCCCGCCCAAAUGGUUUUUUAAAAAGGGCAUUUUCUGUCUAUUCAGUAUAGGGGUUUAAAAUCAAGUGUCGACUUGAGUGCACCCUAAAGCCCUGCUUCUGCUCAGCUAUGGAGAUGGUGGAUGUAACCAAAACUGCAUGGAUUAUCGUGCAAUAUCAGUCCAGCCCUGGCAGAGCAAUAGACAGCCAUAAAAAGACUCAAUUAAUGCUAUUUAUUUAAUUCUAUUCAUGCACCAAAUAUAUUUAAGUUGUAGAGUAGUUUACCAUCUAUUUACAAGUCAGUAUGUAAGUGUGUUGUAAACAUCAAGCCUGCGUGCUACAUUGUCUGUGUGCUGUAUGUUUGCCAAAACUGUGCCUGGCUAACUCCUCCAGACCUGUAGAGGGCAGUCUUUGUUUGUUUUGGUGUGGAAAAACAUUGCAUAAAUUAUUAUUUUUUAAUUAUUAUUAUUUUAUUUUUUUUUAUGUCUUUUGGUGAUAGCGUAUGAACGUAUGGAAUGUAUGGAAUGUACACGCGGUGUGCAGUAGCAUUGUGCAGACUGGGCUCAAAGAGUGUGCUUCGAUUUUGUUUUGACACAUGGAUUUCUCUAGAAGUCUUUGCAUGGAGGCUUGGGAGAGGAAUACAACGCUCCGGUGCUACAGAACGCCACCAUCUCGUAGCAGUGUCCCCUCAAGGCUGAGCGAGCUUGGCAAGGAGAAAAGAGAAGAAGGGGAACACAAUUGCUCCGUCAUUCUUACCACCCCAUUUAUCUUGUGUUUUAAUUGCAGCAUCAUGAAUGAUCAACACAAACAGAGCACUGUGCCUUACUAUGAGCUCAGCACCUGGUCUUACAGGCCUGGUCCCAAUCCACUUCUCCAUAACCCCUCACUGUCUAAUUCCAUCUUCUCUACCUUUUGGCGACUUGCUUUGUCCACUUCCUAGGCCCCUUCUGCUUGUCCUAAACAUGCUGAGUCAUGUUUGGCUGUGCCCCCUCCCUUUGACUUUCCCUUUAGAUUUUAUUUUACUUCCUCUGGUGCACCUCUGUUUGAACUCACACUCACUCCGUCCAUUGUGUGUGUCCCUGUAGAUACCCCCAUUAUCAUGGUAUCUUUUUUUUUUUCCCCCCACUAUUCAACACUCAUUUCAGUCUCCAACCCCAAAGCUCCAUAUAGAAACCAGUCACACAUCUCCUCAUUAGCCAAAAUAUCAUGUUUAAUAGUGACAGUGGGAGCGAAAACGUUGGGUAGCUAUAUUCUCGCCGAAGCAGCGGACCGGAUUUUCCCCUUUUGUUCCCCGUUAUCACUGAUUACGCCUGUUAAUUUAUUUAUAUCUGUGUGCAUACGUGUGUGUAUGAGUGUGAAUGUGCACAUGAGAGGAAACGGCUUCUUGUGACAGCUCUUGCGUUAGUCUGAGUCACACUUUUUGUUUAUUGCCAGAGCCCUCACUGAAUCAAAUUCAAUACAAAGGGAAGAUGGUUAGAUGUGUUAUUUGGGGGUGAGCAGGAGGGCACAAUGGUCUUUUUUCUAAACUUUGAACCCUCAGUUAAGGCCAGGGCAACGAUGGCAUUAGUCAUUGAGGUCGUAAGGUUUUUAGUAGGGCCUGACUGAUCUACUGGUUGGCCGAUAAUAUCGGCCAGUAUUAAGGUUCCACAGACCUUAGUGAAAAUCACACUGAGGAAAUACUGAUCAUUAUUGGCUUGUUUUGUAUUUUAUGCCUCUCACAUGAAAAACAAUCAAUUAUGAGGAAUUGAAAUACAUCUUGCAUUCAGACCUGACCUUUAGCAAGAGGAUAGGAUGUUGAUGUAAAAGAACUGAAAACAUCCAUCCAUCCAUCCACAUAUCUUUAUUGUUUAAAGGCCCCAUAUUAUAUGAAACCGAAUUUCCCUCACUUUUUUAAGUAAAGGAGUUUUAAUGGAGUAAUAUCUAAACAUUUUUUAAAUUUUGAAAUGUACUUAUGGAAACUGAGCUGCAGA